GGCCCACCUUCUCACACCAUAAACCUCGUUAAAAUCGUCCCUUUUUUCAUGCUCUCUUUGAACCAAUUUUCACAAAAUAUCCAUGGCCAACCUUGGCAUCCUCCUGAGGAUAUACACACUUUUCGUAUUUAUCUUCCUCUUCUCUUUCACCAUUUCUUCAACUUCAAUCCAUGACCUUCUCAGAAGCAGGGGACUCCCAGCUGGUCUAUUCCCAAAAAAUGCUGUAAAAUCAUACGAUCUUGAUGAAAAUGGCCACCUACAAGUCUACUUGGAUAGUCCAUGUGUUGCAAAAUUUGAGACAAGGGUGUUUUUUGAUAGUGUUGUAAGAGCUAAUCUUAGCUAUGGUGGGUUAAUUGGAGUUGAGGGUCUUUCUCAAGAAGAGCUUUUUCUUUGGUUACCAGUGAAAGACAUCAUAGUUUAUGAUCCUUCUUCUGGUCUCAUCUUGUUUGACAUUGGUCUUGCUCAUAAACAAAUGUCCCUUUCUCUAUUUGAAGACCCACCUAUUUGUAAUCCUCAAGGAAAUGCAGGUGAGUUAAUGUUGAAGAAAGGAAGGAAGGAGUCUGGAUUUCAGAUAUAAAAAAGCCUUUCUGUUUUGCUGGCUGUGUUCUUUGAUUUUGGCUUUGGUUGAUGAAGGCUUGAAGCUUCAACAAAAGAGAUUUGCAAUGAGAUUCUCAAUUAGGUGCUUGUAGGGUUGUAUAAAGUGGAAACUAACAGUAUAAAGUUUUGGAAAGAGAAACUGAGCAAAAUUUUGGAUUCUUCUUUUAUAAUAAUUUUUGCCUCUUGAAAAUUGAUA